AUGCAAACCAGGCCUAUGACUGGAGCUGUUCAGGAUGGUGCGGCUCGUCCCAUGACUGCAGUGCGAGCAGCAGGAUAUUCAUCAUCUAUAGCUAGAGGCUCAGUGUUUGAUCCACUGGGACAAUCAAAAGGACCGGCCCCUCCAUUAGAAACAAGGAAUGAAGACACUCCAGAGGAGAAGAUAAAGAUACUCGAAAAGAAGGUGAAUGAUUUGAUAGAGGAGAGCUGUCUCGCUCAUGCUCGUGGGGAUCUUCAGCUGUCUUUAGAGAAAGCCAAGGAGGCUGGCAGGAAGGAAAGGGCUUUGGUGAGACAGAGAGAACAAACAGGCACUGCAGACCACAUCAAUCUGGAUCUGACCUACUCCGUGUUGUUUAAUUUAGCAAACCAAUAUGCCAAUAAUGACAUGUACACUGAGGCCUUGAACACUUACCAAGUCAUUGUGAAGAACAAAAUGUUCAGUAAUGCCGGACGAUUGAAAGUGAACAUGGCAAAUAUCUAUUUUAAGCAAAAGAACUACACAAAGGCAAUCAAAUUUUACCGCAUGGCUUUGGAUCAGAUCUCAAAUGCCCACAAUGCAAUGAGGAUCAAGAUCAUGCAGAACAUUGGAGUUGUGUUCAUACAUAUGGGCCAGUACUCCGAUGCCAUCACAUCCUUUGAGUACAUCAUGAGUGAGAGCCCCAACAUUAAGACAGGCUUCAACCUCAUCCUAUGUUACUAUGCCAUUGGAGACCGUGAGAGGAUGAAAAAAGCUUUUCAGAAACUCAUUUGUGUACCUCUCGGUAUUGAUGAUGAUGACAAGUAUAUUCCUCCAAAUGAUGACCCUCAUGCAAACAUGGUGAUUGAGGCUAUAAAGAACGAUAAGCUUCACCAAAUGGAAAGGGAGAGGAAAGCACUAGCAGAAAAAUACAUUAUGACCUCAGCCAAAUUUAUAGCUCCAGCCAUUGAGUCGUCAUUUGCAGCUGGGUUUGACUGGUGUGUGGACAUGGUGAAGGGUUCACAAUACGUGGAGCUUGCAAAUGACUUGGAGAUCAAUAAAGCUAUUACAUAUUUAAGACAGAGGGACUUCAGACAGGCUGAGGCAGUCGAGACGCUAAAGAUGUUUGAGAAGAAGGACAGUCGGGUAAAAAGUGCUGCUGCCACUAAUCUUUCUUUUCUUUACUUUUUGGAAAAGGAUUAUGACCAGGCUGACCGCUAUGCUGAACUUGCCAUGAGUGCCGACCGCUACAACCCUGCUGCCCUCGUUAACAAAGUCUCACUCCAGAAAUGUUUGCAAAUUCAACACGGGCUUUUUGGGUGUGUUUUCUCAGACAGUGGACAGAGCAACCAUGGCACCAGUGCUAAGGGUGAGAGGCUUAGCGUUAAACUGAAAACUCUUCCAGGGUCCAAUGAGCCCUAUGAGGCCAGCACUCAGCAGGAAAUAGAUGCUUCAUAUGUCGAUCCUUUGGGGCCUCAAAUGCAGAGACCAAAAACUGCAGCAAGGAAACGCACUGAGGAAGAUGAGUUUGCCGAUGAAGAGCUGGGAGAUGACUUACUGCCUGAGUGAUGUGUGCAACAGUUAUCAAUUCAGUAGAAAAUCUGAUAUAUGUCAAGGCACUAGAUUUUUCUGUGUUUUAUAGCACUGUAUUUUUAGUAGUACUAAAAAUACCAGUUCUUCAUGCCCAGGGAUUUUAUAUCUCAUUUCAGUCUGCUUUACUAUAUUUUGUAAUAGUAGUGCAUUGUGUGUGUAUAUGUAUAAUUACAUUUAGAAAAAAAUACAGCUUAUUCAAAAUUAUUUAAUUCAUUUUGUGCAUUGAAAUGUAAAGAUAUCAACUUUUGUAUGCCCUGCAAACAGUGAAGCUAAAGACAUUGUAAGUGUGAAAUAUUAAAGCACGGUAUAAGACUUUUCUUUGGAAUCUUAUGAUUCAA